UCAGGCUGAGAGACAGUGCCUGGCCCAAGGUCACCUCAUGCUGACAUGCCUUGGUGGAGGAGAAAGCUGCCAGAGGCUGCCAGCAGCCGUGUUAGCAAAACGAAAUCUCCUUUUUCAGAGACGGUGCGGGUGAAACCAGACAAAACAGGCGUAGUGACAGAUGGAGUCAAGCACUCCAUGAACCCCUUCUGUGAGAUCGCCGUGGAGGAAGCCGUACGCCUCAAGGAAAAGAAGCUCGUCUCGGAGGUGAUAGCUGUGAGCUGUGGUCCACAGCAAUGCCAGGAGACGAUCCGCACGGCCCUCGCAAUGGGGGCCGAUCGAGGGCUGCAUGUGGAGGUCCCUGCCAAGGAGUAUGAGAGCCUCAGCCCCUUCCAGGUUUCGAAGAUCCUGGCUGCACUUGCCAAAAAAGAAGGCGUCAACCUUCUGCUGCUGGGGAAGCAGGCCAUUGACGAUGACUGCAACCAGACAGGGCAGAUGACCGCAGCGUUUCUUGACUGGCCUCAGGGAACAUUUGCUUCACAAGUGACUCUGGAUGGGGACUGGCUGAAGGUUGAGCGGGAAGUUGACGGGGGUCUGGAGACAGUGCGUCUGAAGUUGCCAGCCGUGGUGACCGCUGACCUGCGGCUGAACGAGCCGCGCUAUGCCACCCUGCCUAACAUCAUGAAAGCCAAAAAGAAGAAGAUUGAGGUAGUGAAGCCGUCCGACCUUGGUGUAGAACUUACCCCACGGGUGACGAUUGUCAGUGUGGAGGAUCCUCCCCAGCGUCAGGCAGGAGUCAAGGUGGAGACGGUAGAAGAUCUGGUUGCUAAGCUCAAAGAGAGUGGGCGGAUCUGAAUCUUCAAGUGGUUCUGCUUUGCCUGGAGCUGCUGCUGCUGCUGCUGUCGAGGUGGGCGUGGCCCUCGGGGAAGAGGGCGCAUCUUCCCACCUCACUGGGUCCCUCCGACUUCCUAACCAUGCUGCCUUCCAGCUCAGCUGGCCACUGAUGAAAGCUGAAUGAGACUUUGAUUCUAUUUUCUGUAUUAAUGAUUGGUCAGAUUGCAAUAAAUGUCCUGUGAUUUUCGGAGGUGCUCUGA